UUAUGUUUCAAUCAUUGCUCUCGUCUUCGCAGUGUAUUUUUACAGUGCUGAUCCAGUUUUUUCCCUGCCACUCGUCUCUGCUGCCAUGCUGUGCCCUGUGCUGCUCUGUGCCACUCUGCUCCUCCUGACACCUUUGGAGAUCACGGAGGCUCGCGCUCUGCACCCUGAUGCUGUGCAGUUCAUGGAACAAUUUCUAGAACGCUACAAUGACCUUUUGACCCUGGACGACCUGGAGAACCUGUUAAACGGCCCGCCGGAUGAGCAGUCCACCUUCUCCUCUGGGGUCAAAGCGGCUGAGUACCCGAAGCUGGCCGACGCGCAAACUCAGCCUGAGACCCCCUGGCUGCGCCUGCUGAAGGGGGCCGUGGCCAAUCAGAAGCGAGCAGGACCGGACCGGUCACGGCGGGGAUGGAACCGGGGAUGCUUUGGGCUGAAGCUGGAUCGGAUCGGGUCCGUGAGCGGACUGGGCUGUUAGUUGGGGAGAAAAUAAAGACUGCCAUUAGGAAAAACACACAUGCAAAGAUGUUCACGUGCACUGAUGGAUGUUUACGUGUGGUGUAAAGUUGCAGCAUUUGCUAAUGUGGUUUCGUCCAGCGUAGAUCAAAUGCAUGCUAUUGUGGCUGUAAUAACAGGGCAGCUGCAGUUCAUUCCAUGUGGAGGUAUUAAACCGACUAUUAGAACAUUGCUUGAGCUGCAUUUACAUCGACCAAUCAUCUUUGUUUGCUGUGCUUGUUUUUGAGUAAAUUGGCAUGUGUAUUUCUAGCAUUUGCGUUUGUGAAGUAAAUGUGAAUAGAAUAUUCUUAUGUCCACAAAUGAGGUGUGUGUGUAAGAUGUGUCAUGGACGUAGAUGUUAAAAUAUAAAAGCACUUGGGAUUCCUACUGGUUGCUAUUUUGUUUUUCUCAUGGUUUGCAUGAAUAAAUUGAUUUGACAUGUU